CGGCAACAGCAAUAGACUCACUCACUCACACUCACGGUCACACCGAUUUCUCCCUAGGCGACCAUACCGGAAAACCCGCGACUCCCCAACUCCGACGAGAACGACAUGGACGCCGGCGGCGAGGAGGCGAAGCAGGAGCGCCACCUGGUGCUGGCUCACGAGCUCUUCCUCCUCUCCCGCCCCGACCUCGACGACCUCGCCAAUGUCGCCCUCCGCUCCGAUGCCCUCGACGCCGUCAAGUCCGAUGGCAUGGCGCCGCUGUUCGAGUCGCUGGCCACCGCGGGCGUGCUGCUCAAGCCGGACGACGCAGCUGCUCGCCGAGAUGCGCGCGCGGAUCGACGAGGAGGUCCGCAAGCUCGACGAGAAUUGAUGGAGAUGGAUGAUGUCAUUGUUGGCUUCAUGGCUUGUGAAAGUGUGGUCUGACGCUUGCUCCUGGUUAGCUGGUUGCCUGGCGACCGGCUUCCUGCCUUCCUGGCUCCUGCGGCUGGAGCGAGCAACGUAGGCACUAAGCAAGCAGGGGCGACGGCGACAGCGACAGUGAGCUGCCGAGGGCGACGGCCGACGGCGGCGCGUCACGAUGCCGAGAUGGGCAAGUGUUGUCUGGGAGACUGGGAUUGGCUGAUUGCAGAGCAGUGGCGUGGAAGCCAAACAGAUGCGAGGCGGAGUCGUCAAGAUUGGCAGCGACGGGACGCGGCAUACGAGAAGUCGAGAAGAGAAAAGAUUGAUCUGGAUUCGACUCUCCUCAUGGGCUUACAACGUUAACUGGACUGUUGUUUGGACUGUGGGUGCACUAUAUUGGGCCAAGGGGGGUGCAUAUAGGGCCGAGAUAUGGGGGUAAUAACUAAAAAUUUUGUUUGAGGGGGGUUCAUCUGCACCCACGGGCCUCUAUUGGGCUUCGCCCCCGCUGGUAGAUCCGUAGAUAGCUUGCAUUUGAUUUGGUAGUUGUAAAUUUACGAAUUAUGCUUAGGGUCAAUUCACCUCUAUAUAAAUCUGUACUACAUAAUACUAAUAAACUUUCUCCACAGUUUUGUUUUAGAUUCAUGUACAUAUUGAUGAUUUUGUACAUUAUCUCUGCAAUGUGUAAUUUAGCAUGUAGAAAAGUAAUUGAGAUUGCUAAGGAUCACAAUGCACAACAUCCCAACUGAUACGAAUAAUUUGUGUGUCCCUUUUAUCCAGAAAAAAUACCAGUGUAAACUAAUGUGAAGGAAGAAUGGCAUGUUGAACUUCGUUAGUAAUAUGGUAUCGAUUUCCUUGGUCGCUACUUUGUUGUCCUAGGUAAAUUGUUAUACAUGCUCGGUGUCUGUAUGAAGUGCAUGGCAAUGCAUCCGGAAGCAUCAGCUGUCGCCCCAUGUCUUCUUGAUAUGAUCAGAUCUAGCUGUUUCACAACAUCCUGAAGCAUCAGAAGGUCUGUGUUGUUUGCAGCUUUUUGCAUAUUGAUAGUGCUGCACCCAUUGUAUGUCUCAUCAGCUCUUAUAGAAGGAAAUCGGGACAUUUCAACUGGUUUGGAAUUGAUACACAUAUGGGCUCUUCAUGUUGCAGAAGCUGAUCCUGAUACAGAAUGAAUAUCAGCAUCAUGACCUGUUUGCAACUCUGUUCCGAGAUCUUCAGACAUCAUGAGCACUGAAUCAGUGGAUCGCAGCAUGGCCAGGAACUGCAGGGCGAGAGGAGGAGGAGGAGGGCGUGUGCUCCAUGGGGACCACCAGCCACAGAACGGGGCACUCCUGGAGCGUUGGAUCAGCUGCGAGGGACAAUCCGACGGCCGAGAUGCGUCCAGUGCAGAUGGCUAUGAGCUGCAUGCGGCUCCAUUCUGAGAUGGCCCUUCAGACAUCACGAGCACUGGAAUCGGCGGAUCACAGCAAGACCAGCAGCAGCAGCAGCAGCAGCAGGCUGAGGGAUCCGUGGGGACCACCAGCCACAGGAUGGGGCCACUCCUCGAGCGUUGGAUCAGCCGCGAGGGACGAUCCGACGGAGGAGAUGCGUCUGGUCCAGCAAAGCAAGCUCCACUAUGGGUAACAGCCUUCCUGUAGAAUCGAAGGUCACUGUUGAAGAAGAAAAUGAUAGAAUUAAGUAUAUCGUGUCAUCUAUGCAGGGAUUGGGUCAUAAAAUGGAAGAUGCUCAUGCAGCUAUUCUAAGUCUUGAUGAUACCACGUCCACGUCAUUUUUUGGUGUUUAUGAUGGCCAUGGAGGAGCUGAAGUAGCAUCGUACUGCGCAAAACGAUUUCACAUUGAGCUUUGCAAUCAUGAAGACUAUCACAAUGAUCUCACCAACGCACUGGACAAUGUGUUUUUUAGCAUGGAUGAGAACCUGCAACAAUCCGAUGCUUGGAGAGAGUUAGUUAUUCCUCGUGAUAAUGGAUGGAUGUAUUUUCUCAAGGCUGGUGUCUGUGCUAACUUUUGGCCUUUCCCGCAGGCGUAUACUGGGCCAGCAUAUGAAGGGAGCACAGCAUGUGUGGUUGUCAUCAGAGGUGACCAAAUGAUUGUUGGACAUGCUGGUGAUUCUCGUUGCGUACUCUCAAGACAAGGUGGUCUGGCUAUUGAUUUAUCCUCCGAUCAUAAACCAAGAACAAGCGAGUCUGAAAGAGAGAGAGUUCAAAAUGCAGGAGGAAUAUCUCUUGGAGUUGAUUGUGAAAAAGUAAUGGAGAAUUAUGUAAUCAAGGAACAAUGGAUCCUCGGUUACUUUGGGGAAAGUGUAACAAUCUCAAGAUCAAUUGGUGACUUUGCUUUCAAGCAGAACAAAGAUUUAAAUCGUGAAGAACAAAUGUUGAUAUGUGAUCCUGACAUCCACACUCAUGACAUAACUGGUGACAUGGAAUUUCUUGUUAUAGCAAGUCAAGGCCUCUGGUCUUGCAUGGAAAGUGCGGAUGUGGUUGCUUACAUACAUGUCCGUUUAUUGGAGGGUGUAGAGCUGCGUGUCAUCUGUGAGGAGCUUGUUCAGUCCGGCUUGGCAUCGGGCGAGAACACGACCGUCAUCCUGGUUCAGUUCAAGCCCGGCGCCUUCCAGUUCCAGUAUGAGCUAGUCGAUCCCGCUGCCUUUGACACUGCCGCCUCUAACGUUGCCAGCACCAGUGCCGGCCCGGCUGGUGGCAGCGACAGCGACACGAGCGCCACGAGCGACGAGGGCGUCGACGACACUGCCACUGCCGGGACCACCACCACGGGCUAUGAGGCCGGCUCCAGCACCGGCCCCGGCAGCGGCGGCGGCAGCGCCAAUGCCGCGUUCGACAGCGGCGGCGACCUCGCCGCUAACUUGGACAUCGCCACUAACUUCGGCAGCGACGACCUCGCCGCUAACUUGGACAUCGCCACGGACAUCGACACCGAGGACGUCUUCACCUUCAUCAACAGCGACGACACGUUCGGCAUCAACAGCGACGAGGUGGAGCUCGAUCCCAACUUCAGGCCCAAGCCUCAGGUCCGCAGGGCCCACGACGGCCCCUCUCCCACUCCCAGCGAAAUCGAGGCCGACCUCAAUGCCAGCCCCACGAGGUACAAUAUGAGGGAUAUCUUCGAGGCCUUCGACAAAGUCGAGGCCGAGUUGGGCGGCUUCCCGUUACAGGGCCACGAUGUCUCCAGCACCAGCACCAACCCCAACACCGCGACUGACACUGGCAGUGGCAGCCGCACCGGCGACGAUGACGUCGACGGCGCCAUUGCCAGAGCCAUGGCCGUGGCUAGCAGCGUCAUGACGGGCGCGGGCUACGAGGUCGACUCCACCACCACCAAUCCCAGCGCUGCGGCUGACACUGGCAGCUACACCGGCGACGAGAUCAAGGUCGACGACAGCACCAGCGGCAGUGCCAGGGGUGACAGCGGCGAGCUCGUCAACAACGACACCACCGUUGCUGACAACAAUGCCAGUGGCGUUGCUGACAGCACCACCGUCGGCGACGAGGUCGAUCCCACUGCCACUGUCGCGGCCGACGACAGCAACACCGGCGACAAGGUCGAUCCCCCUGCCAUCACCAAAGCCACGGCCGACAGCAACACCAGCGGCGAGGUCGACGUCGACGCCACUGCCACUGCCACUGCCAGCGCCAGCGCCGCCGUGGCUGAUGACGAGGGCACGGCUCCUGAUGACAGCGAGGGCAGCCCGUAGAUGCAUGAUUCAGAAGAAAGAGGUCACCGGUUCAUUACAGCUUCCACUCAAUUUUGUCCAAGACGGAGAUGAUGUGUGAUGAUGCAUGCACCACUGCAUUCGAGGGAUGUUACUGAUCAUAGGUAGUAGUAGUAGAACUAAUGCAUUGAUAGGAUCGGAGUAGUUGGUUUCUGCUACCUUGUUUUUGGUUUAUGACUCCUGGUUGGCUGGGUACGUUUGGGGUAGGAGAUUUUGCUUGCUAGACUUGGUUACUGAGAACACUUGUCUGGUUUUUGAGUUUUUAUCAAAGUACUUAAUCUAGUGAUGCUUUUGUUGAUCUUCA